ACAUCGGUGGGGACAGUAAGCACCAAAGUGCAACGGGCGGCCACGUGACUGUGACCAACGUCAUGCUGUACAACGAGAAACUGUUUGGAGAUGAUCUGCACAAACUCCACGCCAGCAAAGUCAAUAUUCCAUCACUUGGUGCUGAGAAACAACCCACAGAACAGGCGGCCAACACGGGCGCUUUGGUUGCUUCCGAGUCAAAGAGUGAAGAAAUCACCGCCAGCUAUGCGAAAUUGAAUGAGGAUGAUCUUGAUGAACAAGAGAAAGAAAUCGUCCAUGAUCUGGUGCCUGUAGCGUCUUCUUCCACGGUUGCCGGGGGAUCCUCUGUUUCCGAACCCGCCAUCGCAGCGGAGAGCGCAGGGAACUCUCGUCAAGAGGACAAUGUCCAGCUUUCCGAAGGCGAAACGUCUCCGCAAACCACGCCGCAUGAAGCGAAGGAAUCGAUGCAACGGGAUUCAGAUGUGCAGCCACAAUACCCACAGUCAGAGGUAUUAACGGAGGUCGCUGAUGUUGAAGGAUCCUCUGAAAGUAAUGAUACACAACUACCAGUGGAGGAGGAAGAGGCGGAUGGCAGGAGUGGCGGAUCAGUGUCUCCAGUGACUGCGUCAUUGAGUAUGGACACUGCCACUGCACCAGCUGACGGUGAGCACCAAGUGCAACAAAGCACUGAGCCUUCCGCUGAAAAUGACGACGUGCGGUCCACUGGAACCGGAACCACUGGCGCGGAGGAAAGCCUCAGCCUCGAGGCGGGGGACGGAAAUUCCGAGAGAACAAUGAGCUCAGACAGCAGCCUCACUCCUUCAAAGAGUGACGCCGAACCGAGAUCCGCGGAGGACACCGACAACAUCUCUUGGACUGAGGGGGCUGAAUUUUCUGUUGAGGACAGCAAGGAGGUGCCACAGACGGUCGACACCGCACCGGGCAACACAAGCACCACGCCUGGGGAAACCAAGAAGAUCCCGUCGGAGUCCAACGCAACAACCCCCUCGGACACUGACAUUUUGCUUGAGAAGGGGCAUUUGGGCGAGUUGGCGGCCAUGUAUCUAAUUGGUGACAGCACCGUGCAUGGGUAUGUGUCUCGGGUGUUGUUGCUGCUGCUUCUGGGGCUGUGGGGCAUUGCGGCUCUCUGUUGA